AUGUCGGGAGCAGGAAGUAUAAACGCGGUUCUGGAAUGCUCGAGGACACCCACGCUGGAAGCUGCCACCCUGCCCACCAUGGCCCGGCGCCUGCUGCUUCUGCCACCUCUGGUGCUCCUGCUGCUGGCAGCGGGGACGCUGGUGGUGGAGGCCGAGGAAAGCCAGAAUCGGAUGAAGCUCUGUGGCCGUGACUUUGUAAGGACCAUCAUCUUCAUCUGCGGCAGUUCCCGCUGGAAGCGAUCCCCUAUAGGCCGGGCUGAUGUCGAAGAGCCAGAGGAACCAGACCCUGACUGGGAGUCCAUUGAUGAGGCCACCAAGGACAUCACCAAGGGCUGGCCUUCCGUGUUAGAGAUGCCGCAGCCUCGGAGGGGGAGACACGCGUCACCUGAACGGGGGGGCCUCUCCAAAUACUGUUGCAAAAAGGGGUGCACCAUGAAGGACAUCAGCAAUUACUGCUAG